AUGGGUAAUCAACAAUCCAAUAUCGGAGGCGGUGGCCCAGGCGGAGAUGGAAAUGACGACAAGAGCAAGAAGGAUAAGCCCAAGUACGAACCACCACCACAACCCACCACUCGCCUCGGCCGCAAGAAGCGCAAGGCAGCCGGUCCCAAUGCCGCUGCCAAACUUCCUACCAUUCUCCCGACGGCACGAUGUAAAUUACGAUACCUGAGGAUGCAGCGAAUCCACGAUCAUCUGUUGCUUGAGGAGGAGUAUGUUGAGAACCAAGAACGCAUCCGAAAGGCAAAGGCACUGGCCACCACCCAGCCAUCGGCAACAGGAGAUCUCGAUGCUCUAGACCGAAACGCCGAUGAAAGAGGUCGUGUCGAUGAUAUGCGAGGUAGCCCGAUGGGUGUUGGAAAUCUGGAGGAGAUGAUUGACGACGACCACGCCAUCGUUUCCAGUGCCACCGGUCCGGAGUACUACGUCUCAAUCAUGUCUUUUGUUGACAAAGAUCUAUUGGAGCCGGGUGCUAGUAUUCUAUUACACCACAAGUCGGUGUCAGUGGUUGGUGUUUUGACAGACGACACGGAUCCCUUAGUGUCGGUCAUGAAGCUUGACAAAGCUCCGACAGAGUCCUACGCGGAUAUCGGUGGUCUAGAGACUCAGAUUCAGGAAGUUCGAGAAGCCGUCGAGUUGCCAUUGUUGCACCCCGAGCUCUACGAGGAGAUGGGUAUCAAACCGCCCAAGGGUGUUAUCUUAUACGGUAGCCCCGGUACUGGAAAGACGCUUCUGGCGAAAGCCGUGGCGAACCAGACCAGUGCUACUUUCCUGCGUAUCGUCGGUAGUGAGUUGAUUCAAAAAUACCUGGGUGACGGUCCUCGACUAGUACGACAGAUUUUCACGGUGGCGGCAGAACAUGCCCCAUCUAUUGUCUUUAUUGAUGAGAUCGACGCUAUUGGUACAAAGCGAUACGACUCGACUUCAGGUGGUGAGCGAGAGAUUCAGCGAACCAUGUUGGAGUUGCUGAACCAGCUUGAUGGAUUCGACGACCGAGGAGAUGUCAAGGUGAUUAUGGCGACGAACAAGAUUGAGAGCUUGGAUCCUGCUUUGAUUCGACCAGGUCGUAUUGACCGUAAGAUUUUGUUUGAGAAUCCUGACCAAAACACCAAGCGCAAGAUCUUCCUCCUCCACACCGGCAAAAUGUCCCUCAGCGAAGACGUCGACCUCGAAGAAUUCAUCAGCCAAAAGGACGACCUUUCCGGCGCCGAUAUCAAGGCCAUCUGCUCCGAGGCCGGCCUCAUGGCCCUCCGCGAGCGUCGUAUGAGAGUGCAAAUGGAGGAUUUCCGAACUGCUCGUGAGCGUGUCCUUAAGACUAAGAAUGAGAGUGAGCCGGAGGGAUUGUAUUUGUAA